CCAAGACUUUCGAAUCCUGUCACGGUCAAUGCCCAAUGUUUAAUUCCAAGAGCUACUGUUGGGGUCCAGGAAAAGAGAUGUGUCAAAAAAUGGUCAAAUGUGAAAACAACCCCUUGAAGUAUUGUGUUGACGGCCCUGUUACCGAGGUAUAUUGCGAUGACGAGUGUCUUGGGGGAUGUGAAGGUUCGCGAAGCAACUGCCGAGCCUGUAAACACGCAGAAAACGAUGGUAAAUGUGUCAGUCAAUGUCCGCCGCAGUUCAUCGUCAAUCGAGCAGACAGCCGGACUAUACCUAACCCGGAAUUCAAGUACAACUUUCAUGAUACGUGUGUGGAAACAUGUCCAGCUCCUUUCCUGAAAUCAAACACAUAUUGUGUUAUCGAAUGCAACCUUAAAAAGGAAAUUCCUGUCAAUGGAACCUGUCAAGUCUGCCCUCCUAGUGGAUGUCCGGAACAUUGCACAGAGGAAUCAAUCUUUGGAAAGGACCGAAGCCUAGCUAUAUUGGAUAGCGAGGCACUACGACGAUUCAAAUCAUGCGUUUAUUACACGGGAAUGCUGUAUGUCAGUGAGGAGUCAUUCAAGGGGAAUCGCAUUGUGAAGGACCCCAUUAAGGACUUGAGCCUGCUCUGGAACCUUCGGAACUUACGAGGCAUUGUAGGCACAGUUUAUCUUGAUCUACGUGGGGCACCGCUGGAACUGACCAACUUGACUUUCUUGGAGAAUGUGGAAUCAAUCACGAUGGAGGUUCGUGGAUCGAGUUCUGGGCCAGUUUUGCAAAUAAUGGAUGGCCCCAAUGUGGAACUACUUGGAUUUAGAUCGUUAACUCUGAUGGACGGAUCUAUAUACCUUCGCAAUAUGCCGAAGUUGUGUUUCGUUGACGUCUUGAAAAGACUAUCACAAUUUCGUGCGGAGAAUUUGUCUUCCGAGGAACAAUGCAUUCGACGUAAUGCUGUAUGUCAUAGUGAAUGCCUGCCCGGUGCAGGCUGCUGGGGUCCAGGAGCUAAUAUGUGUCGGCACUGUUGCAACCUACAAGCUGGGGAUGACUGCGUCGCCGAAUGUACAGAUCGACCAGGAUUUUACGAAAUUCCGGACAAGUCAUCAGCUGAAAGUCGCUUUGCACAACACACUAGAAACCCAAGUCAACAACCAUAUUGUCCCACUUUCCCGGCUCUUGCGACGCUAAUGGAUAAUCUGGAUGAGACCACUUUUCGGGUGUCGAAAAUUCCGCCCAAACAAUGUGGACGUUGUCAUCCGGAAUGUGCUGAAACCUGUUAUGGUCCAGAUGCACACGAAUGCAUAGGAGAGUGUAAACACUACCGACCCCCCAACUUGGAGGACCAGGAGACUGCGAAUGUCGCGCAGACACCCCCGUGUAACUCAAUAGGUCGCCGAGAUACAACGGCGAAACUUUAUCAGUGCUUGAGUAAUGACUGCCCUGACAAGCACUACAUAGAGUCGCACAAAACCAUGGAAUUCGUACAUAAACAAAAAAUCGAAAUCUCCAAAGAAUCCGAGCAGGUGGCUACAGGGAAGGGUGAAACGGGAGAAAUAAUUCAGGUCUGCAAGCCAUGUCAUCCAUACUGUGAUCGUUGCACCGCAAACGGGACCCACAUGUCAAUCUGUGAGAGCUGCAUUUACUGGUGGUUCAAAGGCGACUGUGUCAAAGAAUGUCCACCAACGGAAACUUAUGUACUACCUUCCGGUAAUGUGAGUACGCAGACUGAUCAGAAGACGCCAGAAGAAAGAAUCGCAAGCAUCAUUACAGAAGCUGGUCGAUCGCGACGCAGUUCAAGUCAAUCCCAGUCUGAUGAGAUGCUUCGAGCUGGAAUGACAUCAUUUGCAAGAUAUUCCCUGUCAGCAUUCGCACAAAAUCAACGACACUGUUUGGUAUGUCACGACGAAUGCAUACAAGGUUGCACGGGUCCGGGACCUGAAGACUGCAAGAGCUGCAGAAACUACAAAAUCAUGCUAGGUCCCGAUAAGUUUGUUUGCAAUUCUUCCUGCCCGGAGGAGCAGCCACAUGUCCUUCAUGGGAUGUGUCUCACGGCGAAAGAAUAUGCAAAAGUUUCCGGCAAGUCAGCGCGAGACUUGCGUGACAGAAUUGUGAUCGGGGUGUCUAUAUCAAUCAUUCCGCUGAUCCUGCUGGCGACCAUUAUUUUGGUGAUUUGCUUGAAAAGAAGGGCAGAAGCUGAGAAAGCGAGAGAAAAACUGUUCUCGGCUUACACUAAUCUCCUGGCACCCGAUA